CCCUGUGACAGCACAAAAGGCAUUGAAACUCCUUGGAACCCCAAGAUAAGCAGGGAGAGAAGGUGAGGUCACAAUCCAGCAAUGCCUCAUGUCACCAUCCAGAGAUUGCUGACAUCAGAGUCCUCUACCCUGUUGUCAGAGAUGAGCUACCUUCUGUUUGAGGAACUCUGGCUGGUUAUGGAGCACAUGGAUGGAGGCACCCUGAGCGAUGUCAUCAGCAAGAGCUACCUGUCUGAAGAGGAGAUGGCAGCCAUCAGUCGGGAGUGCCUGCAAGGACUGGAUUUUCUUCACUCCAACCACGUGAUCCACCGAGAUGUGAAGAGAAGCAACAUCCUUCUCAGAACCGACGGAUCUGUCAAGCUGGCCGAUUUUGGCCUCUCUACUCAACUCAUCCCUGAGAAGAAUACACGGAGCGUGUUAGCAGGGACUGCUUGGUGGACGGCGCCUGAAGGGGUGACAGGUCAACCAUAUGGCCCCAAAGUGGACAUAUGGUCUUUUGGAAUUGUGGGAAUUGAAAUAGUAGAACAGGAACCUCCUUACUGGAACUGAAGUCCUGCCUCGGUAAGGAGCAAAUCCUUACUGAUCCCGCUGUCUUUCUCACCUGUCCCAUGUUCUGUGUGCCAUUGGACAAAAUCCCAUUGCCAUCUGCUAGGACUACUUGCACCAAGGUCCCCUCCUAAAAAUGUCCCUGCAACACAUCAGCAUCUGCUGUAGCUUUGGUUGCAUCAGUGGGGGAACUCAAGCCUUAACACAUGCAAAAAAAUUCCACUCUCAGGCAACACUUGCCUUUGGGUUAUAAGUGGUUCCAGUUCUUUUGUCUGUGUAGAUGGCCCCAAAGGGGCUGCAGGUGAAACAGGGUGCGAGGGAUGGGCUCCUCCUCCACGGAAG